AUGGCUGACGAUGAUUGGUGGGUUGACAAGAGUAAGGAGGAUCCAAAUAUUUUGAAAUGGAAACAUGGAGGACCUAAGUUUAUUGACUUGCUAGAUAAAUGUUUCAAGGGUGCCACAACUAUUGGAUUCGCCCUUUACAAACCAUAUGAAGAUCAAUUACCAUGUGAAGGAUCAGAAUCUGUUUUUGAAGACGGUCGUGAGAAUAGCAUAAUUACUGAGGAUGAAGGAGAUGCAUAUAAUUUUGAUGUUGGAAAUGAAGUACAACCCAACCCAACACCAAGUUCUUCCAAAAAGAGAAAGGUUUUAGGGAAAGGAGAAAAAAUCAGGCCAACAGAGAAACUUCAACGAUCUUUUGAUCGUAUACUCGAUGGGAUGUGUGACAAUUCAAAUAAGAGUUUGGGUGAGAGUUCAGAUGAUAGUUCAUAUGAGAGUGACAAUACUUCUGAAAUAGAUAUUGAAGUCCAACAAGUUAAUAGAAGUCAAUAUCAUAUUGCAACGGUGAUGGUUGCUUUUAUGGUUACAAACCAUGUUUUAAAAUACAUUGUCAAAGAAAAGAAAACUACGUCAAUUCUCUCCGGCCAACUAUGGUUUAUAGAGUUGAUAACAGGAAAUGAUAACAGAGAUGAUAAUCAAUGUUGGUCUUACUUCAAAGACUGUAUAGGGGCAAUAGAUGGAACACAUAUUGAAAUACAUGUCCCAGCUGAGAAACAAAAACCAUUUUUCAAUAGGAAAGGACAUACAAGUACUAAUGUGAUGGCUCUGUGUGACUUCAAUAUGUGCUUUACUUUUGCAUUGUGUGGAUGGGAAGGAUAUGUUCAUGAUGCAAAGAUUCUUAUGGAUACUCUUCGUAAACCCAAUUUACGAUUUCCUUAUCCCACAAAAUAUUCAGGAUACCCGUCACUUAAAGGUUUCUUGGCACCAUACAAGAAUGCAAGGUAUCAUCUUACACAUUCUAGACUUGCUCCAGGAUUCAGAUCAAGAAAUGAAAAUUUUAAUUAUUAUCAUUCUUGUUUGAAAAGUGUGAUUGAAAGAACUUUUGGUGUGGUAAAAGCAAGAUGGAAAGUGUUACAAGAAAUACCUAAUUUCAAGCUUCAAACUCAAACGACUAUUAUUUGGGCUCGUUUUGCACUUUAUAACUUUUUAAGAAGAACUGACUCAAGUGACUUGGAUAUUCUUGAAAGUUUAGAGAACAUCAAUGGUUUACAAGACAAUGAGCAAGACUUCCAUGAAGGAGAUGAAAAUGGUGUACCUACUCAUGGUGAAUGA